AUGUCUAGGAGCCUCACUUCUACAGCACGACUCAAGCACAGUUACCUAGUCAACGGCGGCGGCGGCGGCAGCCAGGCGGUGGGGGUCGGGGUCUCGUCCUCGUCCUCCUCGUCGUCCUCGUCGGGCACGCUGAGCUCGCUGGAGACGCUGCCGGCCCAGGAGACGCUGCCGCCCAUCGCCGAGGAGGAGCCGGACGAGCGCCCGCAGCCCUGGGGACGCCUCUUCGCCCUGCCCGCCGGCCUCGGACCCUGCGACUGCCUGAAGAAUGAGUACUGGUUUGGUAGAGACCCAAGUUGUGAAUACAGUUUUACAAGGCUGAAUGUGGCACAUACGGAGCUGUACAAACAGUACAGCAAGAAGCACUUCCGCAUCUUCAGAGAGCCUGGACCCAGAAACUCCCACGUGGCUUAUAUCGAAGACCACAGUGCCAAUGGCACAUACGUCAAUGGCCAGCGCCUUGGGAAGGGGAACAAGUUUCCCUUGACUCACAAUGCUGAAAUCGCUCUUGCUCUGCAUCAUAACAAAGUGUUUGUGUUUUCUGAUCCCAUGGUGGAUGGCCAGUUGGAGUGCCCCAGAGAGCUCAGAGAGAAAUACAUCAUCUCAAAAACUUUGGGAAGUGGUGCCUGUGGAGAGGUGAAGCUGGCAUUUGAAAAGACCACGUGUCGCAAAGUUGCUAUAAAAAUAAUAAACAAGUCGAGGUUUAUGACAGAUACUUUGCCAGAGAAUGAACGGCCUUUUAACGUGUCAACAGAAGUGGAGAUUUUGAAGAAAGUUGAUCAUCCCUGCCUGAUGAAGAUUGUUGACUUCUUUGAAGGAGAAGAUUUCUACAUUGUGUUGGAACUGAUGGAAGGAGGGGAGCUAUUCGACAGGGUUCUGCCCCCAGCAAGACUGAGCGAAGCAACCUGCAAGUUUUAUUUCUAUCAAAUGCUGUUGGCUGUGCAGUACCUUCAUGAACAUGGCAUUAUUCAUCGGGAUUUGAAGCUGGAGAACGUGCUCUUAUCAUCCCCUGAGGAAAACUGCCUUAUAAAGAUUACAGAUUUUGGACAGUCCAAGAUUCUCGGGGAAACAUCUCUCAUGCAGACCUUGUGUGGUACCCCCAAUUACCUUGCUCCUGAAGUCCUCAGUUCUGCUGGGACAGCUGGCUACGGGCGGUCUGUAGAUUGCUGGAGUUUAGGAGUCAUCCUCUUCAUGUGCCUCUCUGGUUACCCACCCUUUUCGGAUCAAAAUCCUCAGCAGCCUAUGAGAGAGCAGAUCACCCACGGCAAAUACUUCUUCUGUGCGGAUAAGUGGAAGCGUGUAUCGAAAGAGGCCUUUGACCUAGUACAGAAGUUGCUAACAGUGGAUGUUGACAAACGAUUCAAAAUAGCACAAGCCUUGGAACACCCGUGGCUUCAGGAUAAUGGUAUGAAGCAGAGAUUUCAGCAGCUCCUGACACAAAUGAAUGACUCGGUGCUUGCACCAGAAGCUCCAACUUUGCCAUCCACAAGCAGAAAACGGCGUCAUGAAAAGGAAGACACACCAAAUCCUCCUAAACGUGCCUCUCAGACUCCAAGUUGAAAAAGUGGAGCAACAUCUUUAACGGCAGCUGUAAAUUUUUCUAGAACUUUGAAAUGUAUUAUGUUUUUUCACAUCAACCACUGAUAAAUAAAGAACUGCUUGCUAAGAAUGUAGAGACUUGGUGAACUGUGGAAGGUUCCUGAUGUUCCCUGCUGUUCACGUGGGCAGAUGAACCCUUCUGUGGCUGUAACAAUGGUUUUGGAGUUCUGCUGUGCUUUUGGUUUCAUAUCUGCACCCAGUAUCCACAGAUGUUCAAGUACAAACAUUCCAACUGCCCCAUUUUUACAAGAGACUCUGCCCUUUUCUCUUUUCUAUGCACUAAUACUGGCUCAAGUCUCCUAAAGAUGUGAAUUGUUUUUAAGGGAUACCAAAAAACAAUCAUUGUUGAGCUUCCAAUUACAUAUUUUCUCAGAGAGACAAAUAAAUGGGUAUAAAAUACAUUCUUUCAAGUGCAUUUGCUGAUUUCCAACCCCACCCCCACCCCCAAACUUUCCUUACCAAAGUGCUGUGGAGUUAAUUGUAAGUUAAAUACUUGCACUGUUGGCAGCUUCCUUCUCCCAGCCCAGAAUGAUGGGGGGGGGGGGGGUGGCAGUGA